GCCACAGUGAAAACGAUAAGGUUCUGGGCGCCGCCAUAGCCCAUAGCACAGGCAGCCCACAGGAGCCUCUUCUUCCCCUCGCCGCGCAUCCCGAGCUCAGAGCUCGUCUCCUCCCCGGCGGGACCUCCUCCUCCUCCUCCCACGCGCCGCCGCCCUCAUGCUCCUCCCGACGCGCGGCCUCCCGGCCGCUCCUUCCCUCUCCCCCGCUUCGCCGCCGCCCUCCCUCCCCGCGCUCCGGCGCCGCCGCCCUAACCCGUCCCGGAGAUCCUCCAAGGUGGUCUCCUACUACGCCCUCACCACUCCGCCGUACAAACCUGAGGCUCUGGAGCCUUACAUGAGCAAGAGGACGGUGGAGCUGCACUGGGGCAAGCACCAGCAGGACUACGUGGAUGGGUUGAACAAGCAGCUCGCCACCAGCCCCUUCUACGGGUACACUCUGGAGGAACUCGUCAAAGAGGCCUACAACAACGGCAACCCCUUGCCGGAGUACAACAAUGCCGCACAGGUCUGGAACCAUCACUUCUUCUGGGAAUCAAUGCAGCCAGAUGGCGGUGGCUCGCCUGAGGGAGGUGUGCUGCGGCAGAUUGAGAAGGAUUUCGGCUCGUUUUUUAAUUUCAGGGAAGAGUUUGUUCGCUCCGCGUUAUCGCUUUUGGGGUCUGGUUGGGUUUGGCUUGUCUUGAAGAGAAACGAGAAAAAACUUGCUGUAGUUCGUACGCGAAAUGCCAUCAGCCCACUUGCUGCUGGAGAUAUUCCAAUCAUCAGCCUAGACUUGUGGGAGCAUGCUUACUACUUGGAUUACAAGGAUGACAGGAGAGCGUACGUGUCAAACUUCAUGGACCAUCUUGUCUCUUGGAACAGUGUCACCCUACGCAUGAUGCGUGCUGAGGCUUUUGUGAACCUUGGUGAACCAAAUAUUCCUGAGUUCUAAGAUGAUAUGGAUGUCACUUGAGAUGCCUACGCAUAUUUCAUCAUCAUGAGGGGCAUGGAAGAAAAAAUCAUGUAUCCCCCCAUGUUUCAUUCAUUUAUCAGAGACGCCAAGGAAAAUUAUGAGCCAGAUUUUAUUGGAGGAGGUGAAGAGCUGCUAAGGCAGCAUGGUUUGCAACCGCGUACCAUGCACGAUGAACAACGAGUCUGCUUUAAGAUAAACAGCCGGGAUUUAAUCGUUGUCGUCGACUGUUUCUAUAAGGAAGUGAUCCCCCAGUUUCAAAUUAUGUGAUAAAGCAGAUAUGGACGCUUUGAAGCAUGUAUACUAGAGUAUGGGCCAUCGGUCUAAAUUCUGCUUGAAGCCGCACAACUUUCUUUAGAGUAUUGCGCUUCAAAAAUGGUUCCCAUAGAGAUUCUGGAAUAGUCUCUAGUUUCCACGCCUAGUCAUAGUUCAUCAUUCUGUUGUAACAGAACUCAGCCACUAUGCAAGUAUGCAACCAGGCAUGUCUGCAUGAAUAUUUUGACUUUCUCAAAAUCCUUUGGGUGCACUGCAGUUUGUUCCUAUGUUAUAUCGAAAUACUAUCAAGGGCAUCGUUUGGACCAC